AUGAUCGUUCGUUUUACCCGUCCGAUUGUCUGGCAGGUGGUUUUCGGAAAUGCCGAAAGCUGGGAAUUCGAAUUUGAUCGGCUCUUGUGCUCCUGCUUGAUGGCCGUUUCGUCGAGUGGACAGACGGACAGAGUUGAAUAUUUAAGACGAUGGAAUGGUGUCAGGCCAUUCGAUUCGGCCGAUAGUGAUUCCGACGCGUUAACGAAAACGAGACUGAUAGAGACCUGGAUUUUUAAACGUUGGUGCCAAAAGAAGAAGAAGAAGAAGAAAAAGAAGAAGAAGAAGAAUGAAAAGAAGAAAAAGGAGAAGAAGAAGGAGAAGAAAAAGAACAAGAAGAGGAAGAAGAGAAAGAGGAAGAAGAAUAAGAGUAAGAAGAAGAAGAAGAAGAGAAAGAAGAACAAGAGGAAGAAGAAGAAGAAGAAGAAGAAGAAGAAGAAGAUAUGUGCAUGA